CUUUCACUGUCAGUACCUUCAGCAAGGGAAGGUUACCAAGAUGUUUAAGCAAGCCAGCAUCAUGAAACUGCUAUUGCUGUGUCUGCUCUGUGUUUCCAUAGUUAAAUCCCAGGCUUCUGUAGAGUAUGAUGAUGAGGAAAGUGACAACGCUCCCAGGGCUAAUGGCGAAAAAGUGGAUGCUCGAGGUCACAGACCAGUAGAUAAAAGACGGGAGCCAAUGCCAACUCUCAGACCAGCUCCUCCUCCCAUUAGUAAAGGUGGAUAUCAGGCUCGUCCAACAAAACCACCCACUCGGGGCCAGAAGAAAGAAAAUGUCGUUUAUCCUGAUGCUGGAGGCUGCAGGCAUGCAUCAGAUGAGCUAGGAGUGUUGUGUCCAACUGGGUGUGAGCUGCAAACUGCACUGGUAAAACAGGAACAAAGUGUGAAAUCCGACAUUCGGGACCUAAAGAACAAAGUAGAGAAACAGUCCGAAACCUCUUCAACAUUCUAUGAGUACAUGAAUACACUAGAAGAUAAACUGCAAAGAAGACAAAAACAAAUAAAAGAUAAUGAAAAUGUAGUUUCUGAGUACAACACAGAGAUAGAGCAGCACUAUACAUACAUCAGAGAGAACAUGGACAACAACAUCCCAUCUAGCCUCCGAGUCCUCCGUUCAGUUGUGGAUACCUUACACAAAAAGAUACAAAAACUGGAAAAUGCGAUAGCAUCCCAAAUGGAAAAUUGCCGCUCUUCAUGCAUUGUUUCCUGUAAUAUCCCAGUGGUGUCAGGCAAAGAAUGUGAAGACAUUAUCAGAAAAGGAGGUGAUUCAUCUGAAAUGUACCUCAUUCAGCCUGAUGCUUUCUUCAGACCUUACAAGGUUUACUGUGAUAUGACCACAGCAAAUGGAGGAUGGACUUUGAUUCAGAACCGCCAAGAUGGCAGUGUUGGCUUUGGGAGAACAUGGGAUGCAUACAAAAAUGGAUUUGGAAAUAUUGCAAAAAGUGGAGGGAAAAAAUACUGUGAUACUCCAGGUGAAUAUUGGCUUGGAAAUGACAAAAUCAGCCAGCUUACCAAAAUGGGACCCACUGAAGUUUUAAUUGAAAUGGAGGACUGGAAUGGUGAUAAGGUUUCAGCUCAUUAUGGAGGAUUCACCAUACAAAAUGAGGCAAACAAGUAUCAGAUAUCAGUUAGUAACUAUAAAGGCACAGCUGGCAAUGCUCUUAUGGAUGGAGCUUCACAACUGUAUGGCGAGAACAGAACAAUGACAGUUCACAAUGGCAUGUUCUUCAGCACUUUUGACAGAGACAAUGAUGGAUGGGUUCAUGCAGAUCCAAGAAAACAGUGUUCUAAAGAAGAUGGUGGUGGUUGGUGGUACAAUCGAUGCCAUUCAGCCAAUCCCAAUGGCAGAUACUAUUGGGGAGGGCAGUACAGCUGGGAUAUGGCAAAACACGGCACAGAUGAUGGAGUUGUAUGGAUGAACUGGAAAGGGUCAUGGUAUUCGUUGAAGAAGAUGAGUAUGAAGAUUAGACCAUUCUUUCCACAAUAAUCAUCAUUAAAAUGAACAACGUCAAAUGUUUUCAUGUGCAUAUCGAAGUUAACUUCUUUAGUGCAUGAUAUUUGAUUUUGCCUUUACAUAAGAGAAACAAAAAUUCCAAAGUUUAUAUGUCUGACUAUAUUGUGACUUGAAUUGGAGAAGUCAUGCUGAAUAUAAACCUAUGUCUGACCCAUUAAAAAAACCUUGCAAGUGUC